AUGCUGGGAGUGUGCGAGGGACUAGGCGGGCUGUGCGCUGUUGGCCUGCGGUCCACACGCUCCCCCCGGCCUGCCCUCGCCAUGAGGCCCCAGGCUGCCCUGUUCUCCACCGUCCUGUUCUCCCCCUCCAAGCUCCGCGUGGCCCUGGCGCCCGACAUGAGAGCGUCCAGGCCUCAUCCCGACUUUCCCUCUCGGAAGUACACGCUCACGCACAACGACAUCACUGGCAACCUCUUCCUCUCCAUAGGUCCCUGUUACAACCAGAGGCAACUCUCCAGGCUUUACACCCGGCUCCUGCGUGACGAGGUGCUGGCAGAGUGGCUGCCGCACGGCGGGGACCUGCAUGCGGUGGCGGGCCCAGGCACCGCCCAACCCCGCCAGGCCAUGAGCCUGCACGUCCACUGCCAUGUCAGCGGGGGCACAGCCUGGACCUGGGCCCCCCCGGGCCUGCGGUCGGCCAUCUUCCGCCGCGAGAUGGGCGUGGUACUGGCGGCCCUGGCCUGGGCGGAGCGUGACCUGCUCUCCACCUGCCCCGCCGCGGCCCAGGCGCACGUGGUGGUGCACCUGCACAGCCACCAGCAGGCCCACGACCGCACGCUGGCCUGGGGCAGGCUGGGGGACCCCUCCAGCUGGCCCACCAUGGAGGGAAAGGGGCUGACCGCGCUGCUGCGAGUGCUCCUGCCUGCGAUGCAGGACCGUGCGCGUGAGGAGUCUGAGCGGGCGGGGGGCCAGGGGUCGUUCCCUUCCUCUCCACACACGCCUGGUGAGCCUGCUGGGCAGGGGCCUGCGGACGCAGCACAGCCCGGCAGCGCAGAGCCGGCUGCAAGAACUCAGCAGGCAGAGGACCUGGUGGUGGUGGAGAGCGCCACCCUGGAGCUGAGGCGGCCGCCCCCGGAUCGAGACCCGGAUGACUGCGUGGAGGAGCUGUGCAUCGUGCCUUUGCCUGCCCAUGAGCUGAAGCGUAGUGCAUCAGAGGUGGUGGCGAGGUGA